ACUCUUCAACCCUCUCUUCUUUUCCACCAAAAGCACAAACUAAUUGAGUAACAAAAACUAAGAGAAAGCUAUAGCAACAUGAGAAGCAUUCCUAUUCCCCCCCCUUCAAAUCUAAGCACAUUAGCCCCAACAAGUUCAGUUAGGUCCCCAUGGCACUCUCCUGUGCCCUACCUCUUCGGAGGACUCGCCACCGUUAUGGCUCUCAUAGCCUUGGCACUCUUCAUGCUCGCUUGCUCCUAUUGGAGACUCACCCAUCAAACGGAUUUGGAAAACAACAGCAACAUCAAAGAGGGUGAUGAGGACCCUCAAAACAAGGAACAACCUAAGGUGUACCAGGAGAAGAUCCUAGUCAUCAUGGCAGGGGAUCACAAACCAACGUUCUUGGCCACCCCUUCAUCAUCCUCAUCCUCUUUAGUUGCUAACCAUUUCGACAAACACAUCGGAGAUUCCGAGGGUUGUCACAAGUCCCACAAGGAAAAUGGAAGUUCCCAACAUGAACAACAUAGUCAAAAUUUAUGAGCUUCCAUCCUUCUUCUCUCUCCAACACGAUUUUGUUACAUUCUCUCUUCUUAAUUUCUGUGGAGCGACCAAUUAACACAUUAGAUUAAGAGAGGGUCCAAGUGUCAAAAGUUGUUAGCUUCAACCGGCUUGUCAAUUAUAUUCUUUAAUCAAGAAUUAGGAUUUAAUUGUUUUUCACUUUGGACAUGGAACCAUUACUAAAAGUGUUAUUUUACUUCUAUAAAAAGAUGGAAUUAUGCUUCCUUAUCAAACUAAGAGAGGAUCCGAGUUGGAGAACUUAUGUACUAUAUAGUAUUGGUUAAUUGGCUAAUUAAUUGUUAUAUGUUUCUCCUUUUUCACCUGUUAAUAGGGAAUUAAGGUUCUGGAGAUCUAGAUUUAAGAAAGGGGAGUGAUGGAAUGCAAUUCCAUUUUUGUUU